AUGGCAAGUUUAAUGCAACGAACUUCAUUUGAAGAUUCAGAUGAUGCAACAAAUAAUUCUGGUAAAUAUAUUCAACGUUUGACAUGUUCUCCAAAUUAUUUAGCUAAAUUAAAAUCAAAUGAUAAAAAACAUUUAACAAAUACAAAAGAACAAUAUGAAACAAUUGAAAAAAUGAUACCUGUUCAACAAAUUUUUCAAGAAAUUGAUAUUAUUUUGUUAUAUACAUUAUUAGAUUUAACAUAUUAUACCGAAGAAUUUUUACAUAUUUUAUUUGAAAUAACUGAAGCAUCAGCAAAUAUAAAAACUUAUGAUAUUGAAUCAUAUGGAUCAAUAGAAAGAUAUAUUGACGAACAAAAAUCAUUUGGUGGACCUGAAUAUCAUUGGUCAAGUUAA